AGUAGCAUGGCUGACAGCAGGCCCAGGCCCCCCAAGCCCGCCAACAAGACGCCCCCCAAGUCCCCUGGGGACCCCGCGAAGGACAAGGCAGCCAAGAGGCUGUCACUGGAGUCGGAGGGUGUAAGCGAGGGGGCGGCCGCCGCGGGCCCAGAGCUCAGCGCCCUGGAGGAGGCCUUCCGGAGGUUUGCGGUGCACGGGGACACCAGGGCCACCGGGAAGGAGAUGCACGGCAAGAACUGGUCCAAGCUGUGCAGGGACUGCCAGGUGAUCGACGGCAGGAACGUGACCAUCACCGACGUGGACAUCGUCUUCAGCAAGAUCAAGGGCAAGUCCUGCAGGACCAUCUCAUUCGAGCAGUUCAAGGAGGCACUGGAGGAGCUGGCCAAGAAGAGAUUCAAAGACAAGAGCGGUGAGGAGGCCGUCCGAGAGGUGCACCGGCUCAUCGAGGGCAAGGCCCCCAUCAUCUCGGGGGUGACGAAAGCCAUCUCCUCGCCCACCGUGUCGCGGCUCACGGACACCACCAAGUUCACGGGCUCCCACAAGGAGCGCUUCGACCCGUCGGGCAGGGGCAAGGGCAGGGCGGGCCGCGUGGACCUGGUGGACGAGUCGGGCUACGUGCCGGGCUACAAGCAUGCGGGCACCUACGACCAGAAGGUGCAGGGGGGCAAGUAG